GUGCAUAUAAAUGCAUAUGCAUCAGAAACACAAUUCACAUACAUAUUGACAUUGCAAGUACAAGCAAGGGUCUUAAAGUGCAAGAAAAUGAAGUCCUCCACCUCAUCAUCAUCAGGCCUAGUAAUUAAUUUCCUUCUCAUCUUAAUCUUCAUCAUCCAAUUCUCAAAUGGUUCUAACUACAUCAACCUUAUCUCUAAAUCAUGCAAGGAAGCGUCAGAAACCGACCCAGACUUCAGCUAUGGUUUCUGUGUUAAUUCCCUUAUUGAAGCCAUAUCCAAAAACCACUCAUCACCACAACCCAACAGCAUAGAAGAUCUUGUGGUCAUUGUAAUUAAGCUAACAAAGUCCAACGGCACUAACAUCAUUUCCAAAAUCUCCAGGCUCUUGAGGAACAAGAACUAUUUAGUUGAUCCAUACGUGAGGGCUUGCUUGAAGGAUUGCUUCGACCUCUACCAUGACUCGCUGUACUCUUUGGAAGACGCCGCGGCCGCUUUCCGGUCCAAGGAUUUCUACACUGCCAUCACAAAAUUGAGCGCUGCCUCGGAUGAUCCGACUACGUGUGAAGAUCAAUUCAAGGAAAAGAAAGGUGUUUCCUCUCCUUUAACGAAGGAUAACCAAGUUUACUACCAACUCAAUAUUAUAGCUCUUGCUUUCACCCAAAUGUGUAAUCAUCAUGUUUGAGAAAGAUUAGGUGUUACAAUUAAUAUACAAGUAAUUGCUUGCCCUUA